AUGGAUCCAAUCAUUAGCCAGUCCAGCGUCCACGCGGACGUCUGUGGGAACCUCGAUGUGGGCAUCCCUUUUAGGCAGCACCGCAGUGGUCCUCUGCAAGAAAUCUUGUGUGGGCUUCGGCUGUUGGCUCGGCGUUCUGUCCUUGAUAUGCAGGAGCUCCGUGUGACAGGCCAGCGUGCCUAUGACACCCAAUGUCAUGUCAGUCUUUGGUUCCUUCCUUCUACUCUAGAUGUUGGCUCGCGCAGAUGUCACCCGACUGACGUUUCGCGCCGAAUGGGCAAAGCUGGCACUUGA